AUGUUGGUUUGGUUUCAGGAAGACAACGAUGACAAUGAAAGGCUAGAAGUUCUAUCAGGUGGUGACAGAACUGAAAAAAAGUCAACGGGGCCAAGAAUUACUACACCGUUUAUGACAAAAUACGAAAGAGCUAGGAUUCUUGGUACUCGAGCGUUGCAGAUUGCAAUGGGCGCACCUGUUAUGGUUGAACUUGAAGGCGAAAUUGACCCCUUGGAAAUCGCUCGUAAAGAAUUGAAAUCGCAAAAAGUUCCCCUAAUUAUUCGACGAUUUUUACCGGACGGCAGUUAUGAAGACUGGGGCGUCGAUGAGUUGAUCAUUACAGACUGGUGA